UCCCGUAAGCCAGAGGCUAACCAGCUACCAGCGAGAACAACAGACUUAUGAGAAACAAACGAAAAUUAUGCUCAUUUCUUUCUGCUUUGUCUCUUGCAGUAGCGCAACUGCAGCCGAAGAUGUUUCCGUGACCACAUGUAUAUGAGAGAAGUUCAGUUCGACACCACAGUAAUGUUUAUUGUCGCCUGCAGUCAUGUCAGUCAGGCUGGAGAUCAAUAGCUAGGUUAGCUGGCUGGCUAACUGGCCGCAGUGCUGCAAGCCUGCAAACAUGAAGUUGGUGAGGUAGAUGAAGAGCAGGGAGAGAUGUCCAGGCAGCACCUGUAGAAGACUUAAACAUUGUUUAAAUAUUCAUAACGGUAUUUUAAUAACACAUUUGGGUCAACGGUUCAUUGGUAGAUGGUCACAUGCAAUAGCAGGACUUCUGUCAUUUUAUUUUCCAUUCACUAAAUAUCAAAACAAUCCGAGGCCAGACCGAUCAGCAGUUUUGUCAAGGAAAAUUGGUAGCUGAGGAGCUGUAACGUCUACAAGAUGGACAAGAAAUCUUUUGACAUCGUUUUGGACGAAAUAAAAAAGUGUGUUCUGACAGAUCAGAGGAUCAAGGCAAUAGAGCAGGUGCACGGCUAUUUCUCCAGCGAACAGGUGAUUGACAUUCUGAAAUACUUCUCGUGGGCAGAACCUCAGAUAAAAGCAGUGAAAGCGUUCCAGCAUAAAAUGGUGGCCAUUCCUACAACCAAGGUUGCAAACAUUUUGAACACUUUCACGUUCUCAAAGGACAAGCUCAUGGUACUGGAGCUCAUAGCACUGAAUAUAUCAGAUGCCCAUAAUUACCGCCCAGUGGAGGAUCAGUUCCGUGUUAACCUGUCAGAGAAGAAACGUGCACGACGGAUCCUUGAACAGGUGUGUAAGGUGGGCUGUAAGGCCCCAGUAGCAAUGAUCUCAUCCUGUGGAAUGAUUCCUGGCAACCCUUACCCAAAAGGCAAACCCAGCCAGCUCACCGGAACCUUCCCAGGAAUGCCUCCAAGAAAAGAGGGAGAGGAGGUGAAUGCAGAGGGGAAGGGAAUUGCUAACCGCAUCAUCGGACCCAGCAAACCGUCUCCAUCAUCCUACAAUCCACACAGGCCUGUACCCUACCCCAUCCCUCCCUGCAGACCACACGCCACCAUUGCACCAAGUGCAUACAACAAUGCUGGCUUGGUGUCAGUGGGAGGGGUCAUUACUGCCAGCGUGCCCCCCCCACCCUACUGUGCCACUCCAAAGUCAGCAGCUUACACUAGACCUGCCAAUCAACAGAACCCCCCCUCCAGUGGCUCAGCUACAUCCACCCUCUCACCUUCUAGUUCAGCUCCUCCUACUCCGAGUACCUCCCAGCCUCAGCCCACAACUCCAAUCACCCCUGUCUUCCCUGGCAUGGUCCCGUCUCAGAGCCCUGUUGCCCCUUCUCCUGGCCCCAACUCUUCCUCAGUAAUCAGAAGCCCUCCUGUACCUGCUGGCUCUCCUCAGGUUGCUCUUAACUCUAGUGGCCAUAGCACCCCCACACAAGCCGCAACCCCUUCUGGCAGAAACACCCCCUCCGUUAUCAAGGCUCACACCCCUUCUGGCACACCUGGCAGACCUGGCGCAGGGGUACCAAUGUCAUCUUUUCAUGGAACACCACGUUCAGGAACCCCUUCAGGCGCUCCUGUUCCCUCUCCAAGAGGUACAGUAGACCCUCUGUCUUCUCAGAAUGUGCCGCUGACUUCUGUGAAGGCCUUCCAACCUUCUUCUGCUGAGCCCCAGUCAGAUCUUAUUCAAUCCAAAUCCUCCAAUUCAGUCAUUCGUAGCUACACACCUUCAGGGCUGCCAGCUCUGCUCCCUGGACGCUCUACUCCUAGUAUGCAGGGCCUGGGGGCUUUACCUUCGGGCACACCCACAGCCACCUGUGCCCCAAGCCCCAAGCCCUCUCCAAACCAAUCGCAAGCUGGUAUAGCCAACCCUGUGCUCUAUGGUGAGCAGUCUCUGAGCUCUGUGGGCCAGCACAGUGGAGGCAGCGGCAGUAAUAGCCCUGUCCCGUCUGCCUUCAAAGGGCCAUCAUCUCGCUCCGGGACGCCCUCUCUCAGCUCACUUGUGAUGCCUAACUCCGCUGCCUUGGCGCGCUCUCUGAGCCUCAGUCACAGCAGUGCCUCCCCUCAACCCUCCCUCCCAGGCUCUGCAGUCAUGGCUGGUUUACAGGCUCUUUCCUCUCAGCCAGGAGGCAGCCCUGCCACUCAAUUCCCCGGUAUCUCACCCUUCCCCUCACUGUCCACAGCUUCACCCCUCCCUGGAAUUCAGUCCUCUGUCCACUCCUCUGCUUCUGCUGCAGCACCGCCGACCUCCUCCGUGUACUCCAGCCUGGACCCUGCCGGGGCCCCAGCUGGUUCUGCUUUCGGCCUCGGACUGACCACAGCCCCAUCCAUGUUCCCGGGGCUGGCCCCAGGCCCGAGCCCUGCCUUCCCUGGGUUUGGAGGUUCUGGCACCCCUGCAGCAGGUAGUCCUGUGCUCUCCUCCUUUAUGGGGCUCCCAGGAGCCUCUUCCUCAGUGGCCACAGUGGCCCCUCUCCAGGCAGCGGCAGUGGCGGCAGCAGCAGCAGCAGGUGUGCCCUCCACUUCUCCCGUUCUUCCAGGCUUUGCCUCUGCAUUCAGCUCCAACUUCAAUCCUGCACUGGUUGGCCAACCCGGCAGUAGUCUCCAAGCCCCAGGAGGCACUGCGUUUCCUGGACUGCUGUCAUUCCCUGCUGGAAUGCCUGGCUUUUCCUCCAGUGCUGCUCCUGCUGCACUUUCGGGCCUCCACAACCCCGCUGUGCAGUCUGCACUGCUGCAGGCUCAUUCUGCGUCAGCACUGGACAGCUUUCCACCUCAGCCCAAUGGCUUCAGCAGCUACCCUCCAGCUGCAGGGACCCCCUUUCCCCCUGCGGCUGCAGGGACACCCUUCCCUUUGCAGCCGGGUCUGCAUCCUCAGCUGGGCUGGCAGUGACCCUUGCUCAAGGGGGAACUACUUGGGGAACACAGUACCUCAGUGGGCCAAAGGGAGUGAAAGAGUGUGUGAGAUGUGGACUGUAAGGGAGGGUUAGUGUUAUUAAAAUGAAAGGUGCCCUGUAUUGAGAGAGAGAGAGGCUGUUGAGGAAGAAACAGCCCAAACCACCCUGCUGUUGUAAACUUCUGUACAAGAGAAUGAGCAAUCUGAUGUUACAUGCAAACCUUCUUUCUGGUCUGUACCUCGCUUAAGUAGCGUUACUCCUAGACAUAUGGUUUUCCAUUGAAGUUUGAAAGAUGAACUGAAAAAUGCUCAUGGAUUAGCGGUUUGAAUAGAUCUCAUUGUUGGAAUGAACUUUAUCAGUACUACAGUAUUCUGUGGUAUUAUUAUUAUUAUUUUUUUAAGUAGGACUUUACCUUCAGUUAGCAUACUGGUAACGUUUUACCCAAAAAAGUCUUUUAAUCAUGAUGUAAUGGAUGCAUGGCAUUGGAUAAACUGUGAAGAGGACUGUCUACUCGCAAUUUCGUGAAAUUCUGAGUCAGAAUUUCUGAACAGCCAGCUAUUAGUAAUAUACUGUAUGAAAAUAUACCCUUGAGACUGGGUAAAGGAACUGUUAAAUGUGUGUGAUGUGUUUGUUAGGUUAUUAUUAUUAUUAUUAUUAUUAUUAUCAUUAUGUUUUUUAAAAACCUUUUUAUACAUGCUGGUGUCUGCAUAGAUGAACUUGGAUAAACAGGAUUCUGCCGUAGUUUACGGAUGGUGGAUCUAUAUAUUUGUUUCUAGAUGAAGUUGAUGACUCUCAAAUACUGUACUAGAAACAUCGGUAGAUGUAGACUAGUUUAAAUAUCAUGAAAUAAAUCUUUUUUUUCCCUAAAUACCUGCUAUUUAGUUUGAAUUGUUUAACUAUAGGGAUGCACCGAUAUGGGAAUUGUGGGCUGAUGGUAAUAUUUAAUAUUUUUCAUGUAUAUAUCUGCCGAUACGCAAACAUUUAUAAGAUGUAGAAUAGCAGUGGGAGAUAUGGAAAAAGUAGUUUAUCACGAUACUUAAGAACUUUUCACGAUACACAUUAUGCUUCACGGUACUUUGACCCAGACAAAAAUGCAGUAGUAAUGUCAUAAAUUCUUCAAGUACUAAAAACAUCCACCGUAUACUAAGAACUUAGAAUUCAUAUUGUGUAUCACAAUAAGAAUAAUUGUUGCAAUAUCGAUUAUUUAUUUAAUAUUGCCAACCCCUAAUGUAACUGGGACUAUAUCAACCUGGCUUAGCACUACAGAUAAAUGAAACAUUUAGUUCUGUAGCUUUACAAGUGCAGUAAAAUGAAUAAAAUGUGAACAUUUUAGCAUAGCAGCCCAACCUAAACAUGCUCUUCCGAAGUACAACAAAUACAUCAAAUUUCAGGUUUAAAAUGUUAAUAUUUUUUAAGUAAUUACCUGCACUGUAAAAAUAUAGUCUAAAAUUAUAUCAUGUGGUGACAAGUUACUAGUUUUCAUUCAUCAAACACUUUGAAUGAACCAUUGUUCAUGACAAACCAUUUUUACAGCGUGACGAUACCGAUAAGAUUCCACUGUCGUGGUGCAUCCCUAUUUAACUGUUUGUCAAACUAUGUACUUGUCCAGGCAGCUUUCUUGAUAUUGUAACGCCUCACUUAAUUAUAAUAAGCUCUUCAUUUUUAGCACUGUAUAGUAUAAUGUAAACACUGCAUGAAAUUCAUGAAAAUUGGACUAACUCAGGCAUCAAGGAUAUGAAGUUACUCAUUGCAACACCUACAAUUAAAACAUACACGAGACUUUGCAUUCACUUCUUGAAAAGGUUGAAGUCUGUUAUUUCAUAUAUAUAUUAAAAAAAAAUACAACUUGAAAUCUGUCCAUUUUUCUGAAGUUCCUCAGGGAUGUCUAGGAAGUCAUGUUUUUAUGGUUUAGGGGAAAACUGAAGUCACAGUUCUGACCCCAGCAUGCUAGGUCAAACUUCCUUUUUAACAUACAGAAAUGUGCGUUCAAGCAAGAGGGGAACUUCCAUCAUGGAGCACUGUAAUUCUGUUGCAAUGGCUGAAACACUGCCCAUUAAUGUUCUUUUCCUUUUACCAUUAUACACUGGCUUCAGCAUACAUGCCAAGAUACUGAAUGUAUCCAUUUUUCAAGUGGUUCUUUUGAUGCAUUUAUCUUUGGUUUAAUAAAAAUAGAUUUUCCAACCAUA